CCUUGUUGGAAUCUCACCAGCAUAUGCAAAGCCCGCAUACAGCUUGUUGAGGUUCCGGGCCUGUUGAAGUACUCGUUCUAGAAGGUGCUUUCCCCUGGUCCGUCACCGCGCGACUUCCCCUCAAGAAAGCACAUUGCAGUGAGGUUGCAUCUCUCCCGCGACGAAUGCCUGCAAGUCACGUAGCUCAACUCUGGAUACUCCUCUAGACUCGCCAAGUAAUACGGCGUAAGCAGAAGCUACUGCUAUCACCCGGCGGGGAAGACCAAGCUCUAUAUCUGGACUCUCGUCCCACCAGGACCUGACAGCGUAAAGUCAGUCGAGUCGAUCACCACACACGGUCCAAAGACCAUGGCGCCGCCAUCUCGCAAGACAAAGUCCAGCUUCUGGCCCAACUUCAUCUACGAUGCCUGGUUGUGGACCUUCUCGGUCCUUGUCGACCUCUUCUUCCGUGAGGUGCACCCUCGCAGUUCAUGGAAGGUUCCUCGUAAUGGUCCCGUCAUCAUUGUCGCCGCACCGCACGCCAAUCAAUUCGUCGACCCCCUGAUCCUGAUGCGUGUCCUGCGUAUGGACGCAUACCGUCGCGUGUGCUGGCUCAUCGCCGAGAAAUCAAUGAAGAGGAGGUUUAUUGGCUGGGGGGCGAAGAUGGUCGGCUCUGUGCCUGUUGGCCGUGCGUUGGACUCGAAGAAGCCGGCCAAGGGGAGAAUAUACCUGCCUGAUCCUGAGAGUGACCCGACACUGGUCAGAGGCCUUGACACGGACUUUGAGAACAAGGACAUCUACAUGGUCGGAGGACUGCUUGCGUUGCCGAGCUUCGACAACAAGUUUGCGAACACGGAGAUCAAGGAGAUCCUGAGCCCGACAGAGAUUCGUCUGAAGAAGCCCUUCAGCGGUAAUGUCGCCCUGCGUCAGUUGACUGGUCAGGAAAUCAAGGAUACAAAGGCCGACGCAAAGUUAACAAAAGGCUUCGAGGGCACAAAGUUCGAGGUCGCUCCUCACGUCGACCAGGGCGAAGUCUACUCUUCAGUAUUCAAGAAGCUGCACGAGGGCGGCUGUAUCGGUAUCUUCCCUGAGGGAGGCAGUCACGACAGGACCGAAUUGCUGCCACUGAAAGCCGGUGUUGCUAUCAUGGCUCUUGGUGCGCUCGCAGAAGACCCCAACUGUGGUGUCAAGAUCGUGCCCUGUGGCAUGAACUACUUUCACGCCCACAAGUUUCGUUCAAGAGCCGUCGUUGAAUUCGGCACGCCCGUCGAGAUUCCAAACGAACUGGUUGAAAUGUAUAAGAAUGGACAAAAGCGUGAAGCUGUCGGCCAAGUCUUGGAAACGGUCUAUCAAGCUCUCGUCUCAGUCACGGUUACUAGUCCUGACUACGACACUCUGAUGCUCAUCCAAGCUGUUAGACGCUUGUAUAACCCAAAGGGCAAGAAGCUCCCCCUCCCCAUGAUUGUCGAGCUCAACAGACGCCUUGUCAAAGGUUACACAACCUACAAGGAUGAUCCUCGUAUUGUCAACUUGAAGAAGUCCAUUUUGGCCUACAACAAGGAAUUGAUGAUGCUCAACAUCCGUGACCAUCAAGUCAGCUACGCCAAAUUCUCCAUCAUCAAGGUCAUUCUCACACUGUUCUACCGACUUGGCAAACUACUGGUUUUAGCCGUUGCAGUCCUCCCAGGUCUUGUACUGUUCGCUCCUGUUUUCAUCACCGGAAAGGUCUACUCGAUCAAGAAGUCUCGCGAGGCCCUAGCAGCAUCGACAGUCAAGAUCCAAGGACGCGAUGUCAUGGCUACUUGGAAGUUGCUUGUUUCCUUGGUCGUCGCUCCUUUGUUAUACAAUAUCUACAACAUCAUCCUGGCUAUCUGGACGCACUAUAACCGCAUCGGGGGCCGCGUACCGAACUGGGUCCCGCUCUGGGCAGUCUUUGCUUUCGGAUACAUUCUCUUCCCUGCCAUUACCUUUGCCGCUCUCAGAUUCGGUGAAGUUGGUAUGGACAUUGCAAAGUCACUACGACCUCUCAUACUCUCGCUGGGCCCGUGGUCAGGCAACACAUUGGUCAAGCUGAGAGCCAAACGUGCCUCGCUGGCCGAACAAGUAACAGAAGUCAUCAACGAGCUUGGACCAGAGCUCUACCCAGACUUUGACCACAACCGCAUCAUCUCCGACCCCAGCCACCCACUCUCGCCCUCAUACUCUUCACCCGAGACACCUCGAUCCCGUCGCAGCUCUGAAUACGACCGCAUGUCCAUGACCUCUCCCGAUCUCACUUCCUUCUUCUCCCGUACCGGCGCCAGCCUCGACCCCAACAGCGCACAAUCCAGCUCCCAUCUCCCUCGCAACGAAUCCUUUGGAAACAUUGGCGGCUUUGGCUUUUUCUCCUCGCGACCACAUACGCCUAAUCGCUCGAGAAGUCGCAAUCGCAGUCGUACGAGUAGUGAUGGUGGCUUUGGUAUGACGGCGAUGAAACCAAUGACUACGAUUGAUAGUAAAGGUGGGUACGAGGAAGUCACGGGAAAGAUCAGGGAUGCUAUGAAGGUGAGGGGUAGGAGGAGAGGCACUGAGGAUGCUAGUGCUGUUGUCGACGGAUGGGAUAUGGGUGAUGAUGAAGAAACCGUGGAUGAAACUGAGGACAAGAAGGUUGUCUGAGGACACCAUACCUCACUCCGUUUUUUCUUUCGCAUCGGAUUGCUUGUCUUUUCAAUGUCGUUUUGCAAUUUUCCACAAAGAUACCAGGCCGUUUGUCUUGCGGCACUUUAGUACAUGUAGACCAGCUCUCUCCCCCAUCAGCAAGAUACAAAAUCUCUACAAUACCAACCAACUUAAACCCUCAAAAAACCAUAAACCACGACUAAAAAAGGGGGCCUCAAUUCACACUAUUGACACAAUAUCCACGAGACGUUGCACAGUUUCUUUUUUUCCCCUCCCCUCUUUAGCAAACAUUAUCGGAUAAGUACCUGUUU